ACCGUCACUGCUGCUUUGCUACGGCGUUCAACAUGUGGCUACCUCUAUCGCUCAUAGUACUUGCGGGAAUAGCGUCAGCCGAUUACAAUCAUGGCUGGAAGGUUGGCAACGAGUACACCUACCUUGUACGAAGUCGCACGCUGACGAGCUUGGAGUUAUCCGACCAGUACACCGGUAUCCUGAUCAAGGCUCUGCUAACGGUGCACGCAAAGGACCAGCGAACGUUGACAGCUAAACUGUCCAAGUGUCAAUAUGCUCGUGUUCACAAUUCUCUGCCGGAAGGCUGGGAAUCUCACAUCUCCGAUCAGAUGUUGGAUCUCCAGGAUCUGCCUCUGUCCGGCAGGCCGUUCGAGAUCAGGCUGAAACACGGCGUGAUCAAGGAAGUGCUCGUCGAACGCGACAUACCCACCUGGGAGGUGAACAUGCUCAAGAGUGUAAUUAGCCAGCUGCAGGUGGAUAGUCAGGGUGAGAACGUGGUGAAGAGCAAGGAUGUCCAAGUACCCAACGACCAGGAGCCUUACGGAUCGUUCAGAGUCAUGGAGGACUCCGUGGGUGGUAAAUGUGAGGUUCUCUACGACGUCACACCUUUGACUGAUCGCGAGCUUCACAUGAAGCCAGAACUGGUACCUGUGCCACAGUUGAAGGGCGACGGACAGCACAUUGACAUCAUGAAAACGAAGAACUUCAAGAAGUGCGAUCAAAGGAUGAAUUAUCACUUCGGCAUCUCUGGCAGUAACAAUUGGGAGCCUGGAUCCAACGACAAUGGAAAGUUCCUUUCGAAAUCGUCGACGAGUAGAGUCAUCAUCUCUGGCGAUCUGAAGACUUUCACCAUUCAAUCUUCGGUGACUACCAGCAAGAUGUUCAUCAGCCCGCGAUUAUACGAUUAUCAGAACGGAGUGGUUGUGAGCAGGAUGAACCUGACUCUCGGAGACGUGAAGAAGAUCAAAAAGCCUUUGUCCUCGUCGAGCAAUCUAGAAUCUAUCGGUAACCUGGUCUACGUCUACGACAAUCCUUUCUCAGACGUGGACGAGCGUAGAAUCAACAAAGUCUCGCUGAAUUCGAAGCAAACACUGACCUCGGACAGCCUCAGCUCGAUCAGCUCGAGCGAGGAAGUGAAGAACAAGGAAGUGAAGAACGAGCAGAACCUUCGAAGCGUCUCUUCCGCUUCCGCCAGCUCGUCCAGCAGCUCUAUCUCUAGCAGCGAGGAGAACACGUUCUGGCAACCGAAACCAACGUUGGAGGAUGCUCCGCAGAAUCCUCUGCUGCCUAAUUUCAUCGGCUACCAGGGCAAAUUCAUCGGCAAGUCUGGCGAGGUUGACGUGACAAAGGCGAUCAAGGAGCUUGUCUUCCAGAUAGCCAACGAAUUGGAAGAUCCGAGCAACAUGCCCAACGAGGAUACCCUCGACAAAUUCACGGUCGUUUGCAGCCUGAUCCGCACCAUGAGCAGGAGACAGAUCAGCCAGAUGCUGAAUACCAUGCACUUCUCUCCCAACGAGCUGAAAUCGAGCGACAAGUCGCAGGCUAUCGUGCAGAACGCUUGGGCUGUGUUCAGAGACGCGAUCGCUCAAGCUGGAACCGGACCAGCCUUGUUGAUCAUCAAGAACUGGAUCGAGAAGAAAGAGAUUUCAGUCUCCGAAGCCGAAGACAUCCUGUACAGGCUGCCGAAGACUGCUCGUACACCGACUGCCGAAUACGUCAAAGUUCUUUUCGAACUGGCCACCAAUCCAACGGUGAAAGAAGACAUAGAUCUGAGCACCGCAGCUUUGAUAUCGUUCGCCGAUCUGGUUCGCCUAUCGCAAGUGAACACCAAGAGCCUUCACAAUCGUUACCCGGUGCACACGUUCGGUCGUCUCACGUCCAAACACGAUCAAACCCUCGUGGACGAGUACAUCCCUCACUUGGAACGCGAGCUGAAGAAGGUCGUGAAGGAACGCGACAGCCGUAGGAUUCAGAUGUACGUCAUAGCUCUGGGCAAAAUUGGCCACCCCAAGAUUGUCUCCGUGUUGGAACCUUACAUCGAGGGGAAGGAACCCGUGACAGUGUUCCAGAGAACGUUGAUGGUCGCUGCUUUAGGCAGCCUGGCCGAGAAUUCGCCGAAACUGGCUCGCUCAAUUCUGUACAAGAUCUACCUGAACACAGCCGAGAGCCACGAGGUGCGUUGCACAGCUGUCUUCCUACUGAUGAAGACCAACCCUCCGUUGAACAUGCUGCAACGCAUGGCGCAGUUCACCAACAUAGACACGAACAUGCACGUAAACUCGGCGGUGAAAUCGACUAUCAACAGCCUCGCUAAACUGAUCGACCCUCAAUAUCAAGAACUGGCGCAGAAAGCACGCGCAGCUUCCGGUCUAUUGACCACUCGCGACUACAGCUCACAAUUCUCUCACAGCUACAUGACUGAAAAUAUCAACAAGGACAAGAAUAUAAUCUCUCAUCUGAUUUUCAAUUAUAUCGGUAGCGACGACAGCUUUAUCCCUCGUACCAUGUACCUUGGCUGGUUCUCCAUUUACGGAGACUUCAAAAUACCACCCACUGUAUUAAUGGCGAUGAUCUCGAGCGUGGUACCACUUAGGCUGUCGAACUUCCUCACCACGGGCGACAUGGAGUCUUCCGUCAAACUGGCAGCUGAGAGGAUCGCCGAAGAGCUGAAUCUAAUCGCUGACGAGCCUAUCCCGUUUGAAGGAAACGUGCAAAUGAACACGAAGUUCAGGUCGGGGUUCAUUACCUUCGAUAGAGAAACUAUACGCAGGCUACCGUCGUUGGUGACGCAAUACAUAAUGUCGUCGAAAGGCGAAAAAUACAUGAACAUGAACAAACUACAAUCGUACGACGUGACACUCGGUUUCCCUACCGAGACCGGUCUACCGUUCGUCUACACCUUCAGAGUGCCUAUUCUAUACAAGAUCAGCGGAACUGGAAAGCUCCAGUUGAAAGCUGGCGAGCAGCUCACCGGUCAAUCGAACAUGCGUCUGACCUACGCGAAGAAGAUCCAAGGAAGAGUUGGAUUCGUCGCUCCGUUUGAGCACCAGCACUUCAUCGCCGGCGUCGAUGUGAAUUUCCAGGCGUUCGCCCCGGUCAAGAUAGAUCUGGACGUGAAUAUACCUAAACGCAGCGUGCAACUGAAGGUCUGGCCGUUGAAAGGGGACGAGAAGGCCCGAUUGAUCCACUACAGCGUGAUCCCGUACACCUCGAAUCACGACAUCUUGAGCCUGCGUCCUCUGAUAAAGGAGAAGAAGAAUACGCACAAAGUGCUCACCGACGACGUCGUUAAGAAUAGUUAUCUGAAAAAUGAUAAUAUCAUGAAACUGGACCUGGAAGCUGACACAUCGGACGAAAAUCUAUGGACAACGAACUCCGAGACUGUAAUCGAGAAGAUGUGGAACCUGUGGAAAAUGGACGACGAUAAAUACUGCAAGAUGGACCUGUCUCUGAACUUGAGAGACGAACAGAAGGAUCCGGUGGUGUUCACCGUGGCCUACGACACAAUGGACAUGGUGUCUGACGCUGUAAUACCCGAAGAAUGGACACCUAUGGCUAAAGCCGUGGAACCGUCUACGAAGGCAGCGAACAGCAAGGAUCGUAGGGAUCAAUACUUGAAGGAAGCUGCCAAAGGAGUGAAAUCCGCGCAGUCGUACGUCGUUGACGUGCAAUUGGCCACACCAGGUGAAUGGAGAACAAACAACGUCUUCACCUUCGCCAGGUCUACAAGCAACAUGGAGAGCAAGGCACGAACCUUGAUCUACUGGCAUUCCGACAUUCCCGCGAUUAGCUUCAAAAAUGAUCUCUGCACUGCUAUUCAACGUAAAACUACCCCAGACUCCGUGUUCCCCUACCACCAGGCUAUGCAAACGAAACCCAAAGCUGAAUUCGACGUGGACUUACGCUACGGAGAGAGUUGCGCCAACGGCAAGCAAUUGAACGUCAUGGGCAAGGCUGUUCAGAGCGAUCAGCUGAGACAAAAGAUCAAAGAUUCUCUUUUGAUGAAAGAGUGCGAAAAGCAGAUGGAACAGGACAACAAGAUCCUGAAAGCUUGUCAGACCGCCGCGGCGUUUUCUAUGAUACUGGACAAGAUCGACAUUUCCAUCAAGAACAUCCCAGAGGAACUGCAGAAUCUAGGCAACUUGAUCCUUGGUCAGAUCGGAAGCUCGGAAAUCCUGGACGUGGAUGUGGACCUGACGAAACCACAGAACGCCGGCAAGAAGAAUAUCGACAUCAAGGCGAAACUCUCCGACAACUUUGAAACCGCUACGAUGACAAUUCACACACCAAUCAUGGACAUUCGUUCGAACGAUAUCGAGCUGUCCGAUUUUGGAAUUGACGCGGCGGACUUGCUGGUGGCUGGUGACAAGAGCACGGCCAUGACCAACUUGAUCUACGACGAGUACAAACCUGUCUGUAUCGUGGACGUAACCAGGGGUGAAACCUUCGACGGCAAAGAGUACCCACUGAGAUUAGGUAACUGCUGGCACGUGGUGAUGACCACGUACCCGAAGGUGAAUCCAGAGAAUCGCGAGAUGAAGCUUCGUGUGUCUGAAGAGGACAGCGUGAGCAUUCUGAGCAGAGAGAUGGAAGACGGGCACAAGGAAGUGAAGAUCAUGCUUGGAAAGGACGAGAUACUGUUGCAGCCUAGAGGCAAUAUGAUUCAGGUUCUCCUGAACGGUCAGAGCCAAGAGGUGAACAAGGACAGGAGUUAUCAGAAGAGACGCGACAAAGAUGUGAUCUUCGAGAUCUUCAAGCUUGGUGAUCAGGCCGUGGGUCUGGUUUCCGACCAGUUCGAAGUGGACAUCGCUUUCGAUGGAAAGCGCAUCAUGAUCAAGGCAUUCGACAAAUUCCGUAACUCGAUCCGUGGUCUCUGCGGUAACUUCGACGGCGACAUGACCAACGACUUCACCAGCCCUAAGAACUGCAUGCUGAGGAAGCCUCAGCAAUUCGUCGCCAGCUACGCUUUGACCAAGGACCAGUGCGAGGACGAAAUUCUACAGAUUGUGAAAUCGAUCGACCGCAACGAAUGCGUGCGAGCAUUAACGAAACGUCCGAGCAACGUGAUCAACGAAGUGGAAUCUGGACGAGCGAUCACCGAAUGGGACAACUGGGGCUACAGCAAGGGGCAAAAGAAGGGCGAUCAGCGUUGCAGCGCGUACAAGACCAAGGUACUCGAGAGUGACGAAAAUAUCUGCUUCUCUACACGUCCGGUGUACUCUUGCUCGAACGGAUGCUCCGCCACCGAGAUGAAGUCGAAGAAUUACCAGUUCCACUGUAUGAAGAGGGGCGACACGGCUCUGAAUCUGAAACGUAGAAUCGAGAAAGGCGCGAACCCUGACCUCACGCAGAAGACCGUCUCCAUGUCUCAUCCCAUCAAUGUUCCUCUCGCUUGCAAGGCCUAACUCGCGUUUAACUGACUUUCGUGCACAUAGUAUAUAUAGUGUAGUAUCUUUAUCAGCAGUUGUAGUAGUAUUGUAUUUA